UCUUCUUCUUCCACUGUACCAUUGUCGUUUUGCUGAUUUCCAACUGUCUUCUUUCUUUCCCUAUUCUCGUAACUAUGCUUUCGAUAAUGCUAAUGUACACUCAUCCUCUCUGCUUUUCUUGAGAGAUUCUUCUUCUUCUUCUUCUUCACGAGCUCCAAAAAAUUUCACAGAACCUGAGAGACUCCUUUUUUUUUUUAUUUCAAAAUCAGAAUUCAAAAAGAAAGUAUUUUUAUUUUCUUUCGCUGGGUUUACGCUCUCAGAUUCUAGCUACAUUUUUCUUCUCUGGUGACUUCAAGUUAUGAAAUUUGAGGCAAUGCGUCUCUAAAGGAGACGUUUUUUCUGUGUGUUUCGAUCUCUCUGAGCUUGUCUGGUGUUAGGGUUUCGUGGUAAUGACGGGAGAGUUACAGGAGGUGGUUGAUAAAACGGCGCCGUGUGCGGCCAUAACAGAGAAACGGCCAAAUCGACUCGGCGGUUGCGUCGGCGUUUUCUUCCAGCUCUUCGAUUGGAACCGACGUUUCGCUAAAAAGAAGCUCUUUUCUCGCAAAUCACUUCUUCCUGGUAAACAAGCUUCAAAGAGGUUUGGAGGGAAUGACAAAAUGCUCAAAUCUAAGCUUAAUCUGAUAGAUGAUGAGAACAGAGGAAGUUUCCCGAAGAGAGGUGAAGUUGUGAAGCAUGAAAUGAGAUCUCCUAGUUUGGUUGCACGUUUAAUGGGGCUUGAAUCUAUGCCAUCUAAUCAUAGAGACAAAGGGAAGAAGAAGAAGAAACCGCCGUUUUUGCAGUUUCAGGACAAUGAUAAAUGCGAUUUGUUUGAUGUUGAUGAAGAAGAAGGCGAAGAUAAUGCUGGUUUCGAUAAAUCUAGGCCACAGAAGUUGCAGAGAACAACAGGUGUGUGUGAUAGACGUGUGAUGGUGAAGAAGUUUGGAUCAGAUGCAUUGCAGAUCAAGAACGUUUUGACCCGAGUUAGGAAACAUCAUCAGUAUAAUAGCCAUCAGAAGUUAGCUUCUCCUGUGAGAAGCCCGAGGCUUCAUAGACGUAGUAGCUCUAGGUUGAUUGAUGCAGCUGCUAGGAUUCUUGAACCGGGGAAGAGAAACGCGAGAUACGCUAUUGCUUAUCCUGGUUCUUCAGGGACGAGGAGGUUCGAAAACGCUGGGAGAGAGCCGCUUGAAGCUGUUGUUUCGCCAGAGUUUCAACGUGGUUAUAGUAAUAAUAGUGUUGCUUCUUGUAAAGCAUGUGGUAGCUUUGUUGAUGUUCAUGGUUCAGGUCUUGUAGAUGAAGAGAUUGGACAGAACAUGGCGUGUGUUUCUAAAUCAACUCCUUUUGAACGUAGUAAAAGAAAUGUGUUUUGGAGAAAUCAAGAACCACCUGUGUCUGUUUCUGCUAGAGGCAGAGAUACUAAUCAAAUGGAGAAGAAGGCUCUGCCUCGAGCUCGGUACGAUUAUCACAAUCAGCUGUUGCAGAGAGAAAGGUUUCCUCGUGAGGCUCGAUCUUACACCUUACAAGGCAAGAGUGGUUCUUGUUCUUCACCUGCUAAUAUGAUCAACUGUAAAGAGAAGGACUUAAUAGCUAUGAACAGAGGUUCAACUAGCAAGAACCAUAACUCAGAGUUGAAUUUGCAGAGAAAAUCUCACACUAGAGUUGAGGAUUCUUGUAACAGAUCAGGACUAAGUAGUCCAGCACGGAAGAGAAGGCUAGCUUGUGUAAGUGGUCACGGACGAGGAAGUAGCUUUAUGAGUCCAGUUUCAAGACGAUUAGAUGGUGAAAGCUCUUGUGUUUGUAGUAAUGAUCCUAGAGGUAGCAAUGAAGCUGCAUUUGCUCCUUUGAAACCUGGUUCCCUUCAUAGAAACUAUAGCCAAUGCUGCAGAGAAUCCAAAGAGCGAAAAGUAGUUCAACGCGUUCCAAAUCAGAAAAGACUACCACUUGAUCACGCCGGUACUGUGGGUUUGAUUCAGCAAAAGUUAAAAGAACUCGCUAUACAAGAAGAAGAUGAAGCCAUAAGAGGAAGUGUAUUGCCUAAUAAACCUGCCUCUUUGAUUCUCCAUGAAUUGUUAUCUUCUUUAGUUAUGAAUCAGCCCUAUACUCGAGAUAUCGAUAUGUCUUACGCAGACACAGCUUAUCGGAGGAAUCCAAACAGUGAAUACACGAGCCCUGGUUCUGUACUCGACGCAUCUUUCUCCAACGAGAGUUGCUUAUCGAAUAGCUUCGACAACAUCUCAGUUCCAGGACAGACUAAGCGGCCUCUAGAGCCUAUAGAAUCUGAUUGGGACGUUCUUGAAGAUUACGCGGCUUCAUUCAAGAACUCAACAAGCAAUGGUGGUAAUUAUCGAGCAAUCGCGAGUCUGAUAAGCCAUGUCUCUAACGUCCUGCGAUGUUUAAGCAACACAGGUCUCAUACUAACGCAGCAGAGAUUCACCAACGCAAGAGAAGUCAUAAUCCACACCGAGCUCUUGGUUGGUGGUAAUACUAAUAGACAAGACAACUACCUCAUCGGACCAGAACUCUUUGAUGAGCUCAUGAUUUACGCGGCACGGUCUGAUAAUCUUGUUAACCUCCCUGGAAUAACCGGAGGGUUCUUGGUUGAUUCCAUGAUCGAACACUUGGAAGAGAGAAACAUUUCUUGCGGGUUAAAGCCUUUGAGUGCUGAAGCUGAUAAAUUGAUUCAAGGUGUUCUUGAGGAGGUGCCAAAGUGGGCGAGAUUGGCUCGGAUUGGUGUGGAUGAGGUUAUUGGUAUUGAGAUGGAGAAAUGGAUGGAUCUUGAGACUCAUUUGUUUGGAGUUGGAUCAGAGAUUGCUUAUGAGAUACUUUGGUGUUUGGUCGGAGAGUUAGCAAUGGAUCUGUUGUAGAACCUAACAAGAUAAUGUUUUGUCAAGUAGCAUUUGUGUAAUUCAUCAUUGUGGCUAUUGAACUAAUAUGAUCAAUGUUUGUUACAAUAUUAUUAAGCUUUAUGGUAAUCAAAUAUCAAU